UUUCUUUUAUCUUUUUUUAAUACCACCUUGCUGUGUAGCCCAGGCUGACCUUGAACUGCACAUCUUCCCUCCCUAGUCUACCCAGUGCUGAUAACAUGCAAGUUUUCCUUUUCCCACUCAAUGACAGUUGCCGUAAUAUUUAAAAGGGCAAAUACAUUCCCUAAAUUACUGUAUUUUUCACACCGUACUGCACAUUUAAUACUUUGUUCCUCACAUGCAGUGUCUGACCUAGGUGUCCCAGGGCUGAGGCUGGAGGAUCGAAAGCCAAGGCUAGUCUCGGGUAUAUAUGUCCAUACACAUCCAGUUGCAAAAAGCAAGAAAACAAAACAACCCCCUCCCACAAUAGUCUCCACUCUUAGGUUGCGAUGUCCUUAGGAGUGAACACUAAGGCUCGCCACAGUGUGCGCACGCGCCAUGCUAGCAAACAGUUCGCGGGUACGGGCUUUGCGCAGGCGCGCCGCGGAGGGGCGGGACUCUUUGCCCGAGUCUCUUCCAACUGCAGUUUGAAGCAGCGCCAUUUUGAGCAUUCGGCCACCGCGGGCGUGAUUGCGGGGAGGCUGGGCUCCCCUCCUUUACCAGGCUUUCCUUGCUUCGUUUCCAUAGCUAUAUGUGGAGACGUGGGUACACAGACGUCUAGGCGGUAUCCAGCAUCCCAAGCGAACCAGCUAAAAUGAUGUUAAGAGGAAACCUGAAGCAAGUACGUAUUGAGAAAAAUCCGGCUCGCCUUCGCGCCCUGGAGUCGGCGGCCGGAGAGAGCGAGCCGGUGGCCGCGGCGGCCAUGGCGCUGACGCUGGCCGGGGAGCAGCCGCCGCCACCCGCUCCUUCGGAGGAGCACCCGGACGAGGAGAUGGGCUUCACCAUUGACAUCAAGAGUUUCCUCAAGCCCGGCGAGAAGACGUACACGCAGCGCUGCCGCCUCUUCGUGGGUAACCUGCCCACCGACAUCACGGAGGAGGACUUCAAGCGGCUCUUUGAGCGCUACGGCGAGCCCAGCGAGGUUUUCAUCAACCGCGACCGAGGCUUCGGCUUCAUCCGCCUGGAAUCCAGAACACUGGCUGAAAUUGCAAAAGCAGAGUUGGAUGGUACCAUACUGAAGAGCAGACCUCUCCGAAUUCGCUUUGCUACACAUGGAGCAGCCCUAACAGUCAAGAACCUGUCUCCAGUUGUUUCCAAUGAGCUUCUAGAGCAAGCAUUUUCCCAGUUUGGUCCAGUAGAGAAAGCUGUCGUGGUUGUGGAUGAUCGUGGUAGAGCUACAGGAAAAGGUUUUGUAGAAUUUGCAGCGAAACCUCCUGCACGAAAGGCUCUGGAGAGAUGUGGUGAUGGGGCGUUCUUGCUAACAACAACACCUCGUCCAGUCAUUGUAGAACCCAUGGAGCAGUUUGAUGAUGAAGAUGGUUUGCCAGAGAAGCUAAUGCAGAAAACUCAACAGUACCAUAAGGAAAGAGAACAGCCACCACGGUUUGCUCAACCUGGGACAUUUGAAUUUGAAUAUGCAUCUCGAUGGAAGGCUCUGGAUGAAAUGGAGAAGCAGCAGCGUGAACAAGUUGAUAGAAACAUCAGAGAAGCCAAGGAGAAACUGGAGGCAGAGAUGGAAGCCGCUAGACAUGAACACCAGUUAAUGCUAAUGAGGCAAGAUCUAAUGAGACGUCAAGAAGAACUCAGACGCUUGGAAGAACUCAGAAAUCAAGAACUGCAGAAACGAAAGCAAAUACAACUGAGACAUGAAGAGGAACAUCGUCGUCGUGAAGAAGAAAUGAUCAGACACAGAGAACAGGAGGAACUGAGGCGACAGCAGGAGGGCUUUAAACCAAACUAUAUGGAAAAUAGAGAACAGGAAAUGAGAAUGGGUGAUAUGGGUCCCCGUGGAGCAAUAAACAUGGGAGAUGCAUUUAGCCCAGCACCUGCUGGUACCCAAGGGCCUCCUCCAAUGAUGGGUAUGAAUAUGAACAACAGAGGAACUAUACCUGGCCCACCAAUGGGUCCUGGUCCUGCCAUGGGACCAGAAGGAGCUGCAAAUAUGGGAACUCCAAUGAUACCAGAUAAUGGCGCAGUGCACAAUGAUAGGUUUCCCCAAGGUCCUCCAUCCCAAAUGGGUUCGCCUAUGGGAAACAGAACAGGUUCUGAAACCCCCCAGGCACCAAUGAGUGCUGUAGGGCCUGUGAGUGGUGGUCCUGGUGGCUUUGGCAGAGGGAGUCAAGGGGGCAAUUUUGAAGGCCCUAAUAAGCGUCGGAGAUAUUAAAAUUCUUUCAUUCCUGGCUGUUUAGAAAAAAAUUCAAUGACUUUACACCUUGUCUGUUACGCGGGAGAAAUGGUUUUAUUGUUAAUGUAUGUAGACUGAAGUUUUUCUUUUGUAAAACGGGGUUUUUUUUUUGUAUUUUCUUUAUUCAUAAGCUUUGUAGAUUAGCUUAGUGGAAAAGAUGCCCAUCAUUGUGAAUGUUGAAAUGUGUUUGUGACCUUAGCUAUGGAUAGCUAUGUGGCAUUAUUAUUAAAUCUAUGUAGUUACUUAAUCUCAAUAAAGAAACGAUUUUGCCUAAUUUAAAAUGUUCUUAGUGGUAUUCCCUCAUGAUCCUAACAAAAACUGUGUUUGCUUUAGCUAAUCCUACCUAUUGAACAGUGAAAAUGAUUUUGCUUUUCUGUUUGUUCCCGUAGACCUUAAGUCAGACUGUUAGUGAAAGCUGAUGUCACUAAGGGGUCAAUGCUGUAGUGUAUUAGUGGGUGGGAGGCAUGGGGGCUGAGAUUGUAUAAACCAUAGACACUGUGUAAAGUUAGAGUUGUUGCUCACAUUUCAUAGAGUCUCACUAUUCAUAUAUUCUGAGAAAAGUUACUGAGGAUAUCUUUGUUCUGUGCUGAUUUUUCCAAAUAAAUCUUUUGAAUCUUAAAAAUGUUUGAAAGUAAAUCUCUUUUGGUUAUAAAAUAAUUCCUGGUUUUAAUCUUUUGCCAUCAUCCAUUUACAUUUCUCCCAGUUACCACUUUAAGAGUUAGUGUUAAGUUUUAACCCAACAACCAUCCAGUCAGACAGACAGUGUUGUUAGGAUGGCAGUGGAAGGCUGGUGUGGCCUCUUAUUCCUGAACAGUAGGUUAGCCACUUAUCAUUUCUUGUUGUUUUUCUAGAAGUGUUUUAAAAGGUAGUGUGACUGCCGUAUUGGAAUAUUUCCAAGUCUGUCCAGUAAAUCCUGUCUGAUGUUGGACCUGUUCAUUUUUGAGGAAUACCUGUUCAAAUGCUUAUUCCUCUGUUUUCCUCAGUCCAGUAGGGUCUGUGACAUCUGUCAGGUCCUUCUAGGAAAUGAUUUUGAAUUUUCUUUUUUAGUGCUUGAGAGAGACUGAUGCUGUAUUGUGAUCCUCAUUUACAUGUAUUUAAAGUUUGAUUUUAUAUGUAUGUGUGUGUGUAUGUAUAUAUCUCUGUAUAUGGAGUCUCCUCUUUGACUAUCCAGUUGCCCAGCCCAUGAUCAUAGCAGCUGUUUCUCUCAUGACACUUACAUGUGAUCAUACAUUGUCCUCUUAAAGAACACCUCUGAAAAGCAGCCCACUGCAGUAGAUUUUACUCAUGUGAAUAAUUCCUUCCUGGUUUUGAGGGAAGAAGGCUAUAUCUGUCAAUCAGAAAUUUUACGUAAAACAGUUGGUUAUAAACCAUGAUUGAGAUGUAAUCUUCUGUACCAAAUAAUCGUUCGUUUUAUCACUUUGUGUUUCUACUUCUUUUAGAUAAAGCAACAGGAUAUAUUUAUUUUCUAAAAACUUACAAUAAUCAGAAACUUUGUUUUUAAUACUCACUUAAAUGAUUUUGAGAUUUUAAAAUAAUAGGCAGACUAAUUCUAAUUACAUAUUUCAUGAAUCUAAGUUGAUGGGGAGUGUGCACUUUGUUUUAACUUGUAACAUUAGUUUGCGAAUGCGUUCUUACAGAAAUUUCAACUUCUAGUGGUUUUUUUUUUUAAUAUUUUCAACUGUCUUUCUAGUAUGUAUAAUUCUUCAGCAGUUUUCAUCAGUGUAUUUUAUUCAAUCCUGAAUUAAGAUUUGGAGAUGCUCAAUCUUUUGUUGUUAACACCAAACUGCCUUUGUCCAAGGCUGUGAUACUAUAUUACUCUUCAAGGAUGUUCAGUUGCCCUAGACUCCUGAGAGCCUGAGUCCAGGCUCAGCUCUCGCACCAAGAAAAAGAGUCAACACAGCCUUUUCUACACCAAGAAACCUGUUCCAGUGCUUACCAAGGUUUCUCUGAGAGGAGUCAGCUUCUGAGUGACAGUCAAGUGGAGCAUCAUGAACGGCUAGUCACUCAGUCACUCAGGUGUUAGUGGCUUCGUGUAGCUAUCUAACGUCACAGCUGUCUUAUUCAGAUCUUUAAAUUUCAUUAAUUAGUAUUCCAUAGAUGAUUUUAGUAUCAUUUGCUUAAUAUUAGUAGGAAAGAUUCAGAAAACAAUAGUUUUGGCUUUCCCAAUUUAGUGUAAUGAUGUCAUUUGUGCCAUUAUAGUUUUUUCCAACAAAAGUUAACAUUUUAAUCUUAUAAUAGUACUACAGUCUUAUUUCUUUUCUUGUCUUGAAAUAAAUUUAAAGUCUUGCAGAAUUCAGGACGCUUGUGCUAAUUGUAGUUAAUAUUCAUAAAAUAAAGGAACAUCUAAUUUUAUAAUUGUUUUAUUGGAAUUUCCUUUUUAUUUUUUAAGUCAACACAUUGAUUUUUUUUCCUUCCUGUCUGAUGUGGAGUUUUUGUUUGUUUGUUUUCAAUACAAAACUUGGAUUAUCUGUGUUCUGUAAAUUUUAACGUACACUGACGUUUUGGGGUAUUUCUGCAAUCUGUGUUCAGCAUCAUUCAGUGAAAUAUCAGCUAUUUAUUUUAGAAAUGUCAUUAUAUUUGGGAGAUUAUCCUGGCUGUGAUUGGCCUUUAAUAGCAAUAGGAUCAAUGCACAUGAAGACUUGGGCUCUUGUUUACCAAACACUAAAUUAUAAUUUAAGUGUUUAUUCAGAAGUACUGUUGAAUACUACAGCAUCUUGGUAUUUAUAUUUAAACUUUCUGUUGUUAAGUAUCAUUGUGAAUGGGUAAUAACAGGAAGCUAAGUUAACAGUUGCAACAUAGAUUAUGAACAAGGGAAAAGAUGCAAAUGUUCAAAUGAAUGAAAUUUUAUGAAAACUAUGAUCAAAUGUAUGGUUAAGGCUUUAAAGGAAUUGGAAUUCAGUGUCAGGCAAUGCUGGCCAAAAUAAAAGCUCGUAAUCCUUUGUUUACUGCUCUGGAUGCACUGGGACCUGGGAAAUGGAGCUGAUAAGUGAGGUGACCAAAGGCUCAUGCAGUAGCCACCUUUAUUUAAGGCAUCAGCCAGUUUAUACUCUGGGCACAUGGAGAGUCACAUGAGUAGAGUGUACAGUGACGUGGAUAAACAAAUAGGAAUGACCACUGGUGAAUAGUCGGAGGUGAGUCAGCUCUGUCCACUACACGGGGGGGGGGGGGGGGGGAAGCACAUCCCAAGGAAGAUGCUGUAUGUUUAAAGAAAGUGAGGUCACAUUAUUCUUACCUUGUUUUUUGGGAUUUUCUCAAAAGCAGUCAGGAUUCUCCCAGGACUCUACUCUUGGACUGUAUUUUAACAACCCUUACCUAACUCCACCGCUCGUAAUAGAAUGCCAGUUUGGGAUACAGGAAAGUGUCAAUAUAAAAUACGUGGAAUAUGUCCUUACAGUGUAAAUCAACAAAGCUUCCUGAAGAAUCAAGUGGUAGUUAAAUGUUUUGUGGAUAUUAAUUUUGUCAGGGCCUCAAAGACAUUAACAUAUGACCGUACCAUCGACAGACAGGGUGGCUCAGUGAUUGAAAGCCCUUGCUACCAAGUCUCAUGGCUUGAGUAGAAGCACUAGAAUGCACGUGAUGGAGGGAGAGAACCUUCUCUGACAAGUUUUCUCUGACUGCUUGGAGACAUAAGAUGUAAACCCCAAGAACUACCACCAACAGAAAACGAAAAUAUAAAACCUUUAAAAAAAAGUUUUUUCAAAAUCCCCAAUUCUGUCAAAUGUGUAGGCUCAGCUCUCAAGAGGCUGAGACCAGAGGACUAUUUUAAAUUGAAGACUAGUUUGGACUAUAUGGCUGGUCCGGAUCAGCCAGCAUUGACAGACAUAAUAAGGAAAAGUCAGGCGUGGUCUGUGUGGUCAGGGUUGCUCCGAUAAGGCCCUGGAUUCAUUCUCCAGUAGGUAAGGUUAAGCAGUGGCUGUCUGUCUCUUGGGAUACAAGUGUUAACUGUUGUCCUCUCUUUACCUUCUAGCUAAAUAUGUAAGCCAAGUUUUCUUUCUGUGUGUCUGUGUGUCGAAGGGAAUAGUUGUAGAUAACUUUUUACCUGUAGCUUCUAAAAUUGUAUUUUAAAUCCAACUUAGCGCGGUAUAUCAAUUUGUAUAUGUCAAAUAAAAUUAUCUCAGUAUGAAAUUCUUUUAUGUUUACAGAAAUUAGAAAUUAUGUUUUAAGUAUCAAAAACACUUUCUGUGUCACAAGCAUAAUGUUUUUUGUUGUUUCUAUAUUACUAAAUAGUGAUUAUACCUUUAAUCUUAGGGAGGGAGAGGCAGACAGAGCACUCUUGAGUUUGAGGCCAAGCCUUGUCUACAAAGCAAGUUUCAGAACAGCCAGAGCUACACAGAAAAGCUCUUGUCUCAAGAAAAAAAAAAUCCAAAUAAGUAAAUAAAAUAGUGCUUUAAACUUUGAAUGAAAACACUUAACUAUGUCUAGACACCUUGAAAAGUCCCUUGUAAUUAUUUAUGCAUUCAUUUACUUUGUUAAGUUAAUGCUGGCUCGACUUAUAUUUUGUUUCCCAUUGAAUAUCAGAAAUAACCUAUUUCCAGGUGUAAGUUACUGAAAUUUUCAGUAUAGACAAUAAUGAGAUAGGAAUUCACAUCGAAAAUAGAUUCCUUCAAACAUAUUCUGAGUCAGAGUUCUGGCUCAGUGUCUUUCUGUUUAAAAGCAGCUGCCAGGGGCUCAGGAGGUCAGUGAGUGCUGAAGAGCUCUGGGUCCUCGGAGAGGACUGGUCAGGUCCCAGCACCACAUGGUGGCUCACAGCCAUCUGUAAUGACAUCUGACGCCCUCUUCUGGUGUGUCUGAAGACAGCUACAGUGUACUCAUAAUAAAGAAAUCUUUUUAAAAAACGAGGGCUGGAGAGAUGGCUCACUGGUUAAAAGCACUGACUGAAGUCCUGAGUUCAAAUCCCAGCAACCACAUGGUGGCUCACAGCCAUCUGUAAUGAGAUCUGAUGCCCUCUUCUGGUGUGUCUGAAGACAGCUACAAUGUACCUAUAUAUAAUAAAUUAAUAAAUCUUUUUUAAAAAAUGAUAGGUCUCACUAAAAAACAAACUAAAGGCUGCUUAAUAUUUACAGAAGUACUUUGUCCUAUCUUGUAAACUUUAACUACUUCAGUUCCUUAUGAGGUUUUCAGAUCCAAAAUUAUGACUAAAAUUCGCAGAAUUUUGUCUCCUUAACUUGAGCAGAUUUCUUUCUCAUUUUCCUGUAUGUUAGUCAGUAGGACAUGUAUAGAGGACUUUCUUACAUUUCUUAAAUGUCGUAUAGGAGCAGUUUUUACUAACCUUGAAGACUUAAUCUUUGAUAAUCUUAUUAAAACUUUUUUGGUCAUGUUGCGGUUACACAAACUUAUGUGUCCUGUAAGGUGCACAGUGCAUUAGUGUCACAACUUCAAAGCCACACUCAUUCAUUAUGUUUCCCACUUUUGUCCUUACUGGUUUCUUAAGAGUAAUUCUUUGGUGCUCUAACCUUUUUUAUGAAAAAAGAUAUUUUAUAUUUUUCAGUCAACUAGGCUAAAUAAGAUUUUGCAUGUUUCUGGGUAUUCAAAGAACUGUGUAAGACUCUGCCUAUUAACUUUGUAUUCAUGUUACUUACAUCUUAAUUUCCUUAUGCCUUUGUAAAUAAUUGAACCAGUCCCAGGUUUCUAGCAUGUGCGUGCGUGCGUGCGUGCAUGUGUUUUCAAGACAGGGUUUCUCCUUGUAGUCAUGACAGUCUUAGAACUUACUCUGUAGAGUAGGAUGGCCUUGAACUCAGAGAUCUACUGCCUCUGCUUCUGCCUCCUUUUGCUGGGAGUAAAGGUGUGCACCACCACCAGGCACUGGUUUUUAACAUUUAAUGUUAUGCCGAGUACUUGAUUCCUCUAUCUUUCUCUGUUCAACAGUCAGAUGAGUCCUCUUUGUACCUGAGGCCUAAGGUAUAGGCCUCCUAUAGAAAGAUGGUUAAGUAAUGAGUGGACCUGUUUCCAAAUGGGCUAUUGCUCUAUAGAAUCAUAGUGUCUGUAUCUAAUACAGAUACUAAAUUUCAUGACACAUUAAACUGUGAAUAUUUUAUUGGUAGUUUUCUUAAUUUAAGAAACAAUUUGAGUCCUGUUGCAUGAAAAUGAGUUGCAUUUUUCCAAAACUCAGUUUUUUACUUCUAGACACAAGAAUUCAGUGAAACAGGGAGGGGCUUUGGGGAUAGCCUCUGCCCUUUAUGUAUAGACAGUUGUUCUUGGAGCUGUAUUGUUUUCCUGAUGACACACUUCAAAAGACAAAUGACAUGAUUGCUGUAUUUGCCAUGCCGAAGAUGACUGAAAUCUGAUUUUAAACAUGGGUUUACUCCCUAUGUCAAACUUAGGGCGUUGAUACUUGGACUGGAGAGAUGGCUCUGCGGUUAAGAGCCCUGACUGCUCUUCCAGGGGUCCUGAGUUCAAUUCCCAACAACCACAUGGUGGCUCACAACCAUCUGUAAUGGGAUCCGAUGCCCUCUUCUGGUGUGUCUGAGAACAGCUACAGUAUACUUACAUAUAAAUAAAUAAAUAAAUAUUUAAAAAAUACAUUGACACUUUAGGAUGUAUUUAAUCUCUUCCUGGUAUUUUAAGUUUAUGAAUGCUAAUCAGCCUUGAAAUUAACAUUGUAUCUUCACUUUCAUUGUCACAUGUCAAUACUUAUUUGGAGCCAUUGCGGUUUUCUAAAAAUCAGAAGAAAAUUAGAAAAUUCUGGAAAAUGACAUUUAUUGAUAUUCUUUCUGCCUUAAAUAAAAUGUAUUUAAUUUAUUUUUAAUUGUGCCACAAGGAAUAGAGGUGAAAUAAAGCAAGCCUCAGGUUUCAUAUCUGCUUUGAGACUUCUCAAUGUAGUGUUCAUAGGUUGUUGGAAACGACAGUUAACGUAAUGUGAAUUGCUUUGUAAUAUUGGAGCCAUAGGAAGAUAACCUGUCACAAGUUGGUCCUUAAGAUUUUAUAAGUUGGUUUACUAUUAAGUAUAUGUGAAAUACUUUAGCAAUAUCUGAUGGUCUUAAUUCCGAACUUGUCUCCCUCGGCUGCUGUGCUGUGUGUGACCUUGAGUUUAACUGUACUUGGUCUUCUGUGGGGUCUGUGGGUCACUACUUUUCCAGCGACACCCAUGGGUUUGUAUUCUGUAGUUGAGAAGAGCAAAUACCAUGAAAAGAGUUUACCAUGUAGUCGAAAGGGAAGAAGCAAAUGGUAGGCACCCUCUUUCAGAUAGUGUAAAGUUUUUGAAAGAAGACAGUGCUUACAGAAUAGGUUGUGAAUAGUUAACUGGAUGCAGUGAAGCUUGAUAGACUGUACUGCUCAGUGGUGCAUGUAUGGCUCUGAGUGUGUAUUUGGACCUAGUGAGUCUGUGAGACUUGUUAAAUUUUAUAAUCUAAUCAUUGAAUACAGUAUUAAUCAUUCACUGAACAAUGUAUUAGAUUUUUGUACCUUCACUCUUUGUAUUCAGUUAUAGACUUUUAACAAGGAAAUUGCCUGAAUUAGCUGUAGAAAGACUAAUAUCAAUAAAAAUGUAAAGUAGCUUAUUUUAGCUGUUUGUUAGGGUGAUAAUUAGAAUAUCUUGGGCUCAAAUAAACCAUUUGGGUAAUAGCAUCGGUUACUUUUAGAAACUUAAACUGUUAAUGCCCUAGACAGGACUUGUCCAACACAGUGAAUUUGCCAAACUUUAUCUCAUUAUUUGUGUUCCUAGAAUCCCGUUACAUAGGCCAUAAAUAUGACUAAUGGUAUGCUGAACUUUGAGUGCUGGGGUGUGUUAAGUCAUUAUUGAACAUUUGUUGAGCAUGCGCAAGCCACUUGCUCUCCCUGCCCUGUACAAACAUGAUAAGCAGUUUGAAUAUCAUUACACAUUUGAAUUUGUAUUAAUUAGAUCUAUUUCUUUAAUCAAAACAUUGGGUGUUUGCCAUUCAUCGAGGGAGGAUUUGGAGCAGGGAGGUCUCUGGAAAUAAAUUACAUUGUAUCAAUUUUAUUGUUAUUAGUUGUAUUUAUUACCUGAUUUAUCUAAAAGAUGCAUAUAUUCAAUUUCUGAAAAAGGAUUUAUUUUACAAAAGUUUUCUUAAAUGUGUGUAUAGUGUUCAUUUUUGUCCUAUCCCAAUAGAUCACAAACUUUAAAAUUGUUAGUUCAUCAAAUUCAACAUGAUUCUGAAAUACCUAGUGUCUGAGAGAAGUUACACAAGGUCCUGCUGGGAAGAAACUGGCACCAUCCAAGAUGGCAGGAAUGUAGUAGCUCAAUGGUGGUGGAUUUGCCUCACAGCUGAGGUGCAGUCCCUAGUAUCACAGGGAGGAAUAGAAGAUACCAGCCCCAACAGUGUAGAACCUUAUCAUUCCAUGGUGACUCCUUAUCCAUUCCAUAGUGGUUUGUGCUUUUCUCCUAGCUAGUCCUUAGUGUUUGAUGAAUGAAUGAAUGAUACCAGUUCAAGCACAGAUGUGGUGUGUCCUAAUGAAUGUGCUCUGAUCUGCAAAUGCAAGUCCCUGUAGUUAGGGUUUAAAAUUUAGUGGUAUAUGGAGGGUGGUAAUAUGUUAGUUAUCAAGAAAGGGUGCCAAGUGUUCUGGGGGUAAAGGUUCUUGCUACACACGCCUGUUGAUCCUGGAGCACAUGUGGUGGAUGGAGAAAACUGCCUCCUGAGAGUUUUCCUCUUUCUGGGACAGGCACUUCCACAUGCUUGGUGUUUAUAAGCACUUUGGAAACUUGGAAGCAAAUACUUCUUUUGAGUAAUUUGGGAAGAAGUCACUUGGAUGGUAAGGUUUAAACAGAUCGAGUAGGUAGCUUUGGAUCGCUGUUAGCCUGGGUGUACAUAGGAACGUUCAGGAGCAGAGGCCUUAGAUGCGCCAGCACAGACCCAUGGCAUUAGGACACCAGAUGACACUUGGAGUCCUCGUGUGAAUAAUUCAGAGCGAGUUUAGCUUUCCUGUUGCCAGAAAAGAGGAAGAUACAAGGUGUUCCAAGAGGUUCUAAUGCUGAUGGUAAGUUCAGAGUGGAAGUGUGGACUUAAAUGGAGAACUUUUGCUCCAUUUCUUGCAACAAUGCUUAGCAGUGGUUUGGUGGGAUUUAAAACUAUAAAAAGCCUUUCCGUGUGAUAGUGUCUUCAGGGACAGGUGAGAUGGCCUGGGUCUGUUCUCGCUCUACCCAUAAUGGUCAGCUGGAUCCAUGGACAACCCAUGCCCAGGACACCCACCCCUUGUCUCUGGCCUCCAUGGGCACUGCAUGCAUAUAUGUUAUGUACAUCCGUACAUACAUUCAUACAUAAAGGCAAGUGCAUAUCCUCUUUAGUACCUUAGACCAGGACAGUAGCCCUGCCUGCCGUCCUUCUGUAAUUGUCUCCACCAAAGUCUUGAGUGCUUCCUUUUAAAGGAGUAGCCUCUAGCUCUUUUCUUCUCCAGAUGGAAUAGCUCUGCAUCUGGAAUGACAGUUGUAUUUGACUUGUCACCGCUUGUCACUUCUGUACCCUGUAAGCGUAUCUGUCUUCAGUUCUUCUACUGCGUUUUACCUAUCUUAUCAGUGCUCAGAAUAUCUACACAUUCUGAUCCACAUGCAGUGCAGUGUGCUCCUGCUCUACAAGUUCCAAAUUGAUGGGCUCAGUCAACCACAGUUGUAAAUAUUCGUUAUUCUGGUGGUGUAAGUGCACUAUAGUUCAUGUCUUUAGCAUCUAAUUAGAUUUUAGUAAUCUGUGACUUAGGAUCUGCAUGAGGAUUUUGCAUAAGUUUCAUUCAUGGUCCCCAGCGUUUUAUCCUGCACCUGAUAGGAUUCCAAGUGAUGGCUUUAUUUCUCAAACUGAUAAGAGAUUUUCAGGAUAAAAAAAUAGGAUUUAAUUUUAAACUUGAGUUUCCUUAAGGAAAGUAUGAAAGUACGUACCUGUAGUUCCGUAUCUCAGAAAGUCAAGGUAAGGAUCUCAAAUUGAAGACCAGCAUUGACUAAGCUACAGAGUGAAUAGUGGACAUUUCAGUACCAAUAAAAGUAUGUCAUUGAGAAUCUCAUAGUGUACUCAUUCAAUAAAUACUACUGAAUAUCUCUGUCUGUGCCUGUGAUAUGAGAGAAAAUACAGUGGGUUCUUUGAGUUUGACGUCUCCUAGUUGGCAGGAGAACUGUGGGAAGAAAGCCCAUAAAAAGAUUGAGCUACACCUUUGCACUGCUGUGUCAGACCAAGAAGCCAGUCAAGAACCGCCCAGUUUUCAGUAGGAUAUAAUAAAAUCACAUGGAAAGAGGGAGCUAAGGGCUGAGUACCAGUGCAUCCUUUUCUGAGGCUGGGAAACUAAUGACCAGGCUGGCAGUCUGAUGGUACACCUUAAAACAAAUCACAGUGUCAGCUCUACAUCAUGUGUUUGGUGUUGGAUUUCCAAGCAUGAAGACCGGAGGAUCUAAAAGUUUCUUAGGCCUACCAACAGUAUCUGCAGGAAAUGGCCUUCCUCUUGGUUCAGGAUAAAACUAAGCCAGCCAGGUUUUAUAAGCUUAUACGUUUGUUUCCUUUUAUUUUGUCUGCAUUGAUAAUAAGAUUGUAACCAAGAGUGGAUCUAGAAGUUGAUCCAUCCAUGCCCUGUGAAUGCACGUUUUCUGCAUGGGUAGACACACACACACUGGAUAUCUAAUUGUGUAAGUUCUAAUAAUUGCCAUGACAGGACAUACCAUGUUUUGAUGAGCACGUUGCUAGGUUGUGAACAUAACUGAGCGGACUGCGAGGGAUGUAGCUCAGUGGCGGAGUGCUGGCCAGCGGGCUCGAAAUCCCCAGGGAGUGGCAUAGACUUAGCAAUCCCAUUGUAAGGGUACGUAAUUUAUAAUUUGGUGCUACUUCCCAAACAUCUAAAUUGGUCUUCUGUUGCUUGUUAAAUACUUUGGAGAAGCCAGGUAGCGGUAGCUCACACUUUUAAUCCCAACACAGGAGACAAGGGUAGGUGGAUCACUGAGUUACUGGACAGCCAGGACGACACGUACCCUGUGCUGGAAAAACCAACAAAAAAUUGGAGAACUCUUCAAGGUUCCCAGGUUUCUUUGGUGUUUUCACAGGCUUGCUUUCACUCCGUUGUUGGAGAUUAAAUGGCGGGUGUUGUGCCUACGUCUCUGGGUUAAGAGUUGGUUCUGUUCAGUAGGGGACUCUUCAGAUUUUAAACACUACUCAAAAUGAGAUUUUCCAAGGAUGAUUUUAAAUAUUUUAAAGGAGAUAUUAGUUCUUAUUUGCUGAUAUUUCUUUCUUUCUUUCUUUUUUUUUUUUUUUGGAGCUGGGGACCGAACCCAGGGCCUUGCGCUCGCUAGGCAAGCACUCUACCACUGAGCCAAAUCCCCAACCCCUGCUGAUAUUUCUUUAUGGAGUUUGCAUCACUCGUCUUCAUUUAUAAGGCACACCAUGUCCUUCUGCACUCUGUAACUGAAGGUUGCAUGUGCGUGCUGCAGAGCACAGGCUCGCUCCUGUCUCUAGGCCACAUAGUGCAUGUGCCUCACCUCACGGUACCUGAAAGGAAGGAGGUUGGAACUUUUCAAGUUAUGUUAUUGGUUCAUUGUGUUACUUUGCUGCUGCACUAGUUAUAGUUCUCUCUCUCUCUCUCUCUCUCUUUCUCUCUCUCUCUCUCUCUCUCUCUGUGUGUGUGUGCGUGCGUGCGUGCGUGCGUGCGUGCACGUGCUUGCUUUUUCACACAGAUAGACUCAAAUUAGCCAAAACUGGUUUGUUCUAUAUAGCCAAUACAAAACAAAUAUAUUUUAAUACAUAUGGUAAAGUAAUAAAUAUUUUAUCCUUUUAUUCCAGAAUGAAUAGGGAACAGGUUUUUAAAGACUCUUUAUUAGCUCUUUGGAGUAGUAUUUAUAAACUUCAUAGGUUUUUAUAUGUAAUUCAGUGUCUACUAUUUUCCUGUAUCCCAAGUUUAUUUUACCCUACUUCUGGUUCCCAGCCUUGCCCUAGUUUUCCCCUGUAUAGGCCUGCUUCUUCUGCGCUGGUCUGAGCUGAUUUUAUCCAGAACAGCUCCCUCUGGAAUAGAAGGACUUGUGGUUGGGAUGGUUAUCUAUCUAUCUAUCUUUUCCUUCCUUCCUUCCUUCCUUCCUUCCUCCCUUCCUUCCUUCCUUCCUUCGGCUUGUCCUUCAUUAGUUCUUUUCCGCUGGCCUUUGCAUCACAAACAAAGUCACCUGGGUACUACAGGAGUAAACAAUGCAUAGAAGCAAUACAGUGAGUUUGAGUUCCUUCUAAAUUAAGUUUCCUACACUGUUAAAGUAAUUUACAGUCAAGCAUGGUAGCAUACACCUUUUCCCAUGUCCCAGAAUUUGGGUUCUGAGGCAUCAUGGUCGAGAGCUGGACUUAUUCCUUGUCUGAAAGUCUAAAAUCCAAAAGAUUCCAAAUGUGAAACUUUAGGGCAACUGGCAUGAGUAGAAAAUGCCACCUGUGAGGACUACUGAGCACCACUCUAUGUAAAACCCACAUGACUCACUUUUCCUCAGUAGGUCGCUACCAACCCUAUCUAAACAAAAACAACAACCCUCCCUCUCUCUAUAUAUAUGUAUAUACAUACAUACAUAACACACACACACACACACCCUCUGAAUCCCUUCCUACCAAAAAUGGCAAAAUCUAGCACAUUUAGCUUCUAGGCAUGGGGCCUGGGGCUGUUUAAUGUAUAGUAAAAAUAUACAAAUAUUUUAUGACUGUCAUGCCACACAGAUGAAGUAAUAAAGGCAACACAGUGUUUGGUCAAUCCUUUAUUUUUAAAACCUUUGUAGGGCUUAAGAGUGAGUGCUAAGCUGUUGCUGGGUGCGAUGGUGUGCACCUUUACAGUCGGCCUACAGAUGGCUGAAGUCGAGUUUCUGUGUUGUAUUGUGAGAACUCGUCUCCCAAAAGGAGCUUCUAGAAGCAGUCCUAGAUUAGGGGUCUGGCUCUCUGAUGUGUGUGGGAGACCAAAUCAAAGCUCCAAUUAGCCAGUGUUUUGUCUUCUGAACAUUAAGGCACUCGGCAUGAUCUCGCAAAUGACAGGAAGCACUGACCACAGUAAUGUAGGAAGGGUCGGCAAAGGAGCUCUAGAACUAGAAGGUUAACUUGAGACUUGCCUUCCAUAUACAUGAAGAAAGGACAACGCAAGUAUUAAGCAUUGAAUGCAAUAGGAGUCCUGUUGUCCAGGGUUUGGUUGGUAUGAAGUGUCAGUUUUCAGUUGGUUAUGUCUGUUUUGGGUGGUAUAUACGAACAGAUAGCCCCUUCCUCAUAGAACAUGUUGGGAUCUGGGAAGUCAACACAAGCUGUAAGGAAUCCCUAAUAAGACUGAGAAACUAGGGGGCUGGAGAGAGGGCUCAGUGGUUAAGAGCACCGACUGCUCUUCCAGAGGUCCUGAGUUCAAUUCCCAGCAACCACAUGGUGGCUCACAACCAUCUGUAAUGGGAUCUGAUGCCCUCUUUUGGUAUAUCUGAAGACAGCUACAGUGUACUUGUAUAUGAUAAAUAAAUAAAUCUUUAAAAAAAAUAAUGAGAAACUAGCUAGAUCUAGUUCCAUUUAGGAACCAAUUAGAGGAUUCUUUGCAAGGUAGUCAUGCCAACGAAGUUCUGCAUGGUGAUAGGUGCUUCUAGACCCAACUAAUUGGGAGGAAAAGGCAAGAGUUCAAAGCCAAUUUGCCUGAGAAAGUGGCACCUGCCACUUUAAAGUACAAUGAGGGACGGUGACUUAGUGCCAAGCCUGAAGACAGUCUAAUUUCUGUGUACCCCUUUCGGGAAGGAAAGAAGUGACCUCCCUAACUUGUUCUCUGGCUUCCACACAUGUACCAUUUUAUACACCAAUCUACUUGGAUGUUAAACACUUUAAAAACAUUUGUAUCUGUUGUUUAGAUAACUAGCAAUUUGGGGAGCUCUUUUAAGUGUCCCAGACUAUACACCAGAGUUAGGGCACAGGAAGUGGGAUUUCAGAGUAGAGAAAUCGAGACUUGCUAGUUGGCAUGGAAUGGUAGAGCACAUGGAAGUGUGCACAAGGAUGGCCUGGGUUGGAGCCCAAGUGACACAUAAGCCUUAUUGGUUAGUUACUGUUAUUUGAAGCUCAGGACUUUAGUUAAUUGGGUGUUGGGAAUCUUUGUGAAAGUGUAGAGGUGAUAUUUGGCUUUGAAAAUUAUCAAUUGAAUUAAGAUCAAUAUCCACAUAGAAAGCUCUUGUGAUAUUUAAAAGUAUGUGCCACAUAAAAACUGGUGCUAACUCAUCAGUAAAAGUAAUAGCAAUUGGGCUGGAGAGAUGGCUCAGCUGGGUACUUGCUAAUCUUUCAGAGAACCCCAGUUCAGUUCCCAGCACACAUGUGACAUCUGAAAACCAGCUCCUGGUGAUCUAGCAGCCCCUCUGUCCCUUCUCUGUCCCCUCUGUGAACUGAACUCAUGUACCUGCUUACAUAUAUGUAAACAACUUACAAGAUAACUUGAUAAUGAACAAGUGACCCUCGCUAUAGUGUGCACCUUUAAUCCAAAAUUCCAGCACUCGGAGCAGAUCUCGGAGUUCAGGGCAGCCUGGUCACCAUGGUUCUACUUGUCUUUUUUUAAAAACAAAAAACAAAAAAACAAAAAAUUUGAAAGUAAACUUGAUGUCUUCUAGAGGCAGAGCGAUCGUACGUUCAAGGCCAUUGUAGGGUGUGCUGUGAGACUGUGGGCAAAACACAGUGCAUAAACCAGUAGGACUAGAGAGGACUGACAGCUGGACUUGUCCCCUAGGCAAAGAGAAGUGAAAGUUGAGCGCUCUGCAGAAUUACUUGAAAGGAAACAAGUGAGAAACAAGAUGGUAGUAACCUUGAGAGCCUGAGUUUUUCCUUCAUAGUCACUUCUAAGAGGAACCAAGGGGACAUUUUGGGGUGGUUGAAGCCAUAGGCUCUUUUCCUCAGCUCACUGGUCUCAGUAGCGUGAGCUGGGUCUGCUGUUGAAGGCGUUUGUCCAGUUCCCUCCCGAGAACUUGUACACCGUCUCUGGCCAGCAUUCGGGCGUGCACCUUUCUCACAGCUUCUAACUCGUCUCCGUUGGGUUGUGAUCCAUAUUGAGCAGUUCUUGGCCCCCUGCUAAGGGGGACUUGUUGGGGCACAGAGACCUUAUAUUGGUGCUGACUGCACUUUUGUUGAAUUAGUAAACAGGCAUUUUAUUCAGGGUGGUAUUGGGAUCAUCAGCACAAUCAGAAUGGGGUUUUUCUUCGUUUUCUGCCCUGUAGUUUAGGCUGGUUGUGACUGAAAUGGGGCACAGUGAAGAUUAAGGAUGCCAUGAGUUAAGGGAGGCGCUGUGCAGUUUGCCCAGAGCUUGUACUGGGAAAGGCACUGAAGGCCUCACCAUAUGUCACAUGGAGGCAUGAAAUUUUGAGAUGUGAAGUUUAAAGAGUUUUAUUACACUUGAUUUUUGUAUACUCUUUAGUAUAGUUUGUGAUCUAAUUGCUUUAAAUUGCUGUUUUAACAAAGAUGACUGAAAUUCUGUCACCCAGACUGGCCUCGUAUUUAGCCUUCCUGGUAGCUAGGGUUACUUCCUGUGUCCGAAGGCCCAGCCCCUUCCUCCUUGACUGCCUUCUGACAGUGGCAAAGAUUGUGAAGUUGGGGAAGUCUGUCAGGUUCAUAUAUCCACAUUUGAUCAUAUGAAAUUAUGGCUGAGUUUACUGGGAAGAACCAACCCUGGCAGCUCCUUUGACGACUGAAAAUGAGAGCCUGGAGACUGAAAAUGAGGACCUCAGCCUCAGGUCAUGCCUGGGUGGACUUGCUGGUGGGUCCUGCCUGUUGGGGGGUACCCUCCCUCCCUCAGCAGUCUGUAUAGCACCUGCUUCCAUACUCAUUUAAAGGCACAGUCCACGUGGUGUUUGGAUUCCACUCGUGCUGCAUUUGGACAGUUUAUAUGCACAUGGCUUUAAUGACACCCAUGAAAUGCUUUGCCUGGAGGCUUGGUUUUCUCUGCAGGGUGCUGUUUUAACAAAUGUUAGAAAAGCUUGAACAUUAUUUGAUAUUUGCUGAUACCAUUAACAUUUUUAAUGAAAACAAAAAGACUUGUUUUUCUCUUAUGUGUAUGAGUUUUCUCUGCAAGCAUUCACACACAUGCCUCUUGCCAAGGAGGCCAGAACAAAGAUUCAUAGCUGGAUCCAGAGCUUCCUUAUGGGUGCUGGGAACACAAUCCAGGUCCUCUGUAAGAGCAGCAAGUGCCCUUGACUACUGCGGGCUCUCUCACCUCUCAUGCAGCCCCCCGCCCCCAGCCCCCCAUCUGAGGACCGAACCCAGGGCCUUGAGCUUGCUAGGCAAGCGCUCUACCACUGAGCUAAAUCCCCAACCCCCCUCUCAUGCCUUUUAAUAAUUUAUUUUUAUUUUAUUUACACACACACACACACACACACACACACACACACACACACACACACACACACACACACACUUGUUUUGCCUGCAUGUAUGUCUGAAUGAAGAUCUUGGUUCCCAGACAGUUAGGAGCUGCCAUGUGGGUGCUCUGGAAGAGUAGCCGAUGCUCUUACCCGCUGAGUGAUUUCUCCACCUCUCUAUGUAUUAACUGGCUUAUAUAUUAAAUAAGCAGCUGGCCGUUUGGAGAUUGUAACAAUUAAAAUUGGCCUUUUAAAGAAAGCAGUGCAGCUAUCUGAGUUCAUCCUCCUCAGACCACAUGUGAACUGAACUGUCGUCGUGUGCUGUUCCCUACUUGCCUCCCCACAGUGACAGGCAGGCUCAGGAGGAGCCUGAGCUCCAGGCCAGCUUACAUAGUGGGGCAGUAGCUUAGAAAGCAGUGAAAUAAACGCUCAUGACUGGUCCAUUCCAUCCUUGAUGGCCCUCUUACGGCUUUCCUUGACUAGCCUUUUACUUUGACAUGCACAGGAAACGACACAGGACAUGCUGGAGGUUUGUUUUGGAAUGCUCAGUCCAGCUGGGCAUUGUGGCACAGGUCUGUCAUCCCAGCUGCUCCAGAAGCUGAGGCAGGAGGAUCACUGCUUCAAGUCUGUGUGUGUUUCUGAGCUAGUUCAGGGGGAGUUUGAGCAACUUAGUUCCAAGAAGAGACGGAUGUGAUGCUAAGUGGUCGGUCCCUUGUAACUAACCAGCAUCUGCCACCCCAUAGGGAGGGCAGGACUGCUGCAGGUGCAGGAUUCACCCGAGGCCUGGCCCACACUGCAUUCUAGAUUUAGGCUGGGCUGUGGAUGCUGUGUCUCAAAAGCACAAAGUAAAAGAGGAGGGGAAGUGUGGACCUGAGGCUGAGCCAGGCUGCAGUUCUCAGCACUGCCCCCUUCCUGUCAUUUCCUUACAUCUGACUUUCUGCAUGGUCUUACAUUUGUGCUGGAGUUUGCUGUGUUUCAAGUGCAGUUAUCUGAACUUGGGCUUAAUUAUUUUUUCUUUGAAGUUACUUGUCCACUGGAGGUUGUGCACACUAUAAUUCCAGCACUUGGGAGAUAAAGAGUAAGGACGUCAGAGUUGAAGGUCUUCCUCAGUGGCAUAAGCGCAAAGUUACUGUGAUACACGAGGUCUUGGGAACAAAAAUAAAACCGUGUUUGAUGAGAUCACUGGUUUGUAAAUUACUAGAUUUUAUGUUACAAGCCUAUUGGUAACCUCGACCUUUAAUGGAAAAGUGAGAUGAUAGGAGAAUUGACUCGGUGGUUGAGACCCUGGCUGCUCUUCCAAAGAGCCUGUGCUCCAUUCUCAGUACCUAGAUGGUGGCCCAUGACCCUGCUACUGUAGUCACGGGCCCACAUGUAGUGCACACGUGUAGACUGAACAGACACGCACAUGAAAAUUUACUAAAAAACUUUCAUUUUCCCUUAGAAAAGCUCCUAGAUCACUGUCACUUACUGUGUCUGUCACACGGGAAGGGCCAUUGUGAGCACUGGUCUCUCUGUCUUUGUUGUGAUCUUGUUUCCUAAUAAGUCCCCACGAAAUGUGCAUUGCUUGGGAAAGAAUCAUGCUGAGUAGGGAGGACUAGUAGAUUGUCAUUCUUUCAGGCUGGACAACUGCAGGUAAUCAGGAAAUGUCACCAUUUAUUUAGGUUACUUUACAGCAGCAGGUUUUCAAUAUUUCCCUUUAAAUACCCUUGAGCUGUUACUGUGUGUGUGUUCUUUGAAUAACUCAGCCUCCACAGUAUUGGGCUGUGUGUAUUAUCUCUUCUACCUAGGCUUCCUUAGCUUCUAAUACACUGAGUGUAAAUAGGUACCAUGUAUUAUAUCUGAUACAAGGUGCAAAAGUCGAUCAUUUCUACCACUCAGAAGGCCCAGACAAUGGUGCAUUGGUAGAGAGUGGCUCUUUUCCUAGGAAUACAGUAUCUUUAACAUUCUUGUGAUCAUGACUAUGCAUGGUACUGUGUAUCUGAGUCUAUGAAAAUGCCUUGUUUAAUUUUUUGGCCUACUUAGGGAUUCCCUUCUCCUCAUACUUUGCUAAUACAGUUUUUAAAUUUGAUUUAUAGCACAUAAAACCGUGGUUUCUAUAAAUUGUUAUGGUUUCUUUAACUCAAGAAGGUACAUAUUAGUAGGCCAGUGAGUCCCCAGUAAGUGUGUGCAGAAUUUUGUAAGCCUUUGUUUUGCAUCAAUAUCCCAUCCAGAAUUAUCAUUUGUGGCAGUAUUUCUUAGGUCAGGUUUAAGACCUAAGCAACAUUUUUGUACUGGUCUAGGUAGAGUUCCAGUGUUUUGUGGUUAUGUACUUCCUGUGUUCAAGACCAGACUGAAUCCACUGAGUGAGUUCUAGGAUAGCCAGGGCCACACAGGAAAAAAACAAACAAACAAACAAAAAAAAAAACCCUUUCUCAAACACUUAUCAUCACCAACGCCACCAAGAAAAGAGAAACAAAAACCAAAAAAAAAAAAAAAAAAAAAAAAACAAAAACCCUGAAGUCUGAUAGUUGUGAUUUUUACAUUGCUUUUGUAUCCUACUUUAAUAAUGUUUCCAGGAUAUUAUGGAAACACAUUUUGCAAGGAACAGAUAAACUCUACACCUUUCUCUUACUUAAAAAUGACAUUUGUGCUCUCUGGAGAACAUUAUGUAAAGUAUUUUUCUUGUAGAUAAAUGUAUGCAGCCUUGGCAUAAGAGUUUUUGUAGAUAUAGUAGAAGUUAAGAUUUUCAUAUGGUGCGUUAUCAUUUUUAAGAAUGCAGUUGUGUGUUCUGUAUGUGUGCUCCAUUGGUACACAUGUGCCUGGUACCCACAGAGGCCGGAAGGCAUUGGAUUCCCCUAGAACUGGAGUUGACAGUCACUUGGGAGCGACUGAAUGGAUGCUCACAUGUGAGGCCCUAUCACAGGGGUUUAAGUUGUGUCAAGGCACCUGUAAUCUAGAACCAUGAUGAAGACUUAGAUAAAACGGUUUUCUCUUCUUUCUGACCACAAGAUGGCACCAUGAUAAAGGCAUCUGUUGCUAAGUGUGAACCACAUGAGUUUGAUCUCUGGAACUGACAUGGUGGAAGAAGAAGAGAACGUCUUCCCAGAAGUUGUGACAUGCUCACAGAUACAGCGUUGUUACAACAUGAAUCUACUGAAGACCCUGGUCUGUUGGAGAAGAACUUAACAGCCCAGAAUGCUGGCCUUAGACUGCUGCAUUAGGUCCUUUGGGUCUCCUACUUUAGAAAGGAAGCUGCUGCUGCUGCUUACAAUUCUGGAUGCUCCAGUUCGGAUUGGCUCACUACACUUGCCAUAGGAAUAAAGAAUCAAUAAAUUUUCCGUUUUGAAAACAAAAUGGAGAAGCCCCUGGAACUUCCAUCCUGCCACCUGACCUGUUCUGCUGCUUCAGGGGUGGCACUGUGGACCAGCAGUGAUGGUUGUCCAAGACUGGAGAGCACAUGUGUGGGCAGGACACGCAGGGUUGAGUCAGAAUAUCCACUGUUACAAGGCCCUGGAAGACCCGUGGGCACUAGUUAAGGUCACAGCAUGCUGUGAGGAAAACCUCCUGUUGACACAAAAGCAGCAAUCCAGAACUUUAUGGAGCAAGCGUUGAAGUCUGCAUGCCACAGGACACAUUUCUACUGUGGAGAACAUCUGUUGUGUACUGCAUGGAAACAUCUCCUGUCCAUAGAAGCUGAUGGCCUAUUAGCUGGGGCAGGAAGGAAUAGGAGGUGGAGUUCCAGCAGGGAGGACUAGAAUAAAUGGGUUGUUUGAGUUACAA